CCGCAGGCCCGCACACCUCCUGAAACCGCCCAUCUCCCUCCAUCGUCCCGCAAGUGACCUUGUCGUCUUGCAGGGAAUGGUGGAACGAACGAAUGAGCGACGGAAGCCUGAGGCAAAAACGAUCGACUCCUGAGGUUGAGGGUGGAUAUGAGGUCGGUCUUGAGUGGGGCAGCAGCUUGAUCGGGGAGUAUGGAGCAGAUCGGCGAUGGCGAAGUGGUAUGAAGAAGCUGCUUCUUGCACUGAAUGAAUGGCUAGAGCGAAAUGAAGUCGGGAGAGAUUGCAUGACUUGUAAUGACUUGGAUGUGAUAUCGUUUAUCAGCAGUCAAUGGCUUGUCGAAGUAGACGGUCGAUGCCAAACUUCUGAUGCAGAAGGUCUUCCACUUGUAUCGCCAACAACCGUAGAUGUGGUUAUUAAUUGUUUGAAUGCAUGCUUUCGGCUGCUUGGAAGGGAUGGGGAUGGGGAUCCAUGUCAAAGUAGCAGAGUUCGGGCAUUUUGGAAAGCAUAUAGGGAGUACUUGCUGCAAAGGGGGGUUGUGGAGGAAUCAGCUCGUCCACUGAGCUGGGAGAAGUUAAUGAAAGUGAUAACAUAUUUGCGGAAGAAAAUGAAGGUGCUAAAGGGUUAUCCGGAAGCGCAGGCUUAUCGUGAUGGUGGGGCAUUUUUAUAUCUGUGGGAAAGUUGGCAAAGAUGCGGAGAGGGAUUGAGAUUACAAUAUAAGGAGAUAAAUUUUGAACGAGGGGUUGUUCAGCCGGGGUAUACGAAAACUGAUCGACAGGGUGGGCAAUUUACGAUUAGGUUACGAGAUCCGCAUAGUGAUGAAGAAACGUUUUUGGGUUGGUUACCAAAGAUGGUGGAGAGUUUUGGUCGACUGGGGCAGGAUAUAAGGAAAGGGUACUUAUUUCGACCGAUGCGAGGUGAGGGGCCGAUGAGUGGGGGUGGCUUUAACAAACGUAUAGAGAAGUGGUUUGAGGAGGCAGGUGUGUGUGAGGGAGAGAGUGGGCAUAGUUUUAGGAUAGGAGGGGUUCAAGCAGGGAUAGAAGAUGGUUGGAGUUUAGGGGAGAUGAUGAGACAAGGGACGUGGAGCAGCAUAAGGACGUUUAUGAGGUUCGCAUUUGCAAUGAAUGCUGCGAGCAGCCGGGCUCUGGGGGGCGUGGCACGUGAGGGAACGCAAGCUAUUGUCGCCGGCCAGUCACCUGUUACUUAUAACGUUGCUGGCCAGAGCAGUGGGACCGUCCGGACCGGGGAGACCGUGCUACAGCCUGGAGGGAGGUGGAACAGUUGCUGUCGAUCGAAGAUAACAGACCGACCUGACUCGGCAUCACGAGCCAAGCUGGAGGAGAUAGAAGAAGACCGUUCCCGUCAGCGGGAAGUGUUGUCCCGCGUCAGCGGACCUAAAGGUGACCCCACCAGACGACGGCUGGGUAGGUCGAGGGAGAGGGAGGGAGGUGGUUUGGAGGAAGCUCUCUCUCGGCGAUCGGUCGCGCUUGUGAGCCGCCGUCCCUCCUCGCGUUCCCCUCGUCCUUCCUUGUCCCCUUCCCCGCGUUCACUCCGCAAUGUCCAUGGCACGGUGGUGAGCUUCCCUGGAGGAGGAGGAGGAGGAGGAGGAGGAGGAGGAGGAGAGGGAGACGUUCUCUCGCGGAAGUUGACGCAGCUUGAGCUCAACUGUCUGCUGGCAAUUUCGACGUUAGAAUCUAGCCCAUCUCCUCCGGCUUCUGAUUCUCCCCCUUCUUCUCCUGCUGCUGUCGAUUCUCCCACUUCUCCUUCUGCUGCUGUCAAUUCUCCCCCUUGUCCUCCCGCUGCUGUCGAUUCUCCAGCUUGUCCUCCUGCGGCUCCACGUAACAGUAUCAAAGAGACAAUUGAAGCAUACAUAGGACCAAGCAUAUUCAAAGGAGCGGCAGAACACUCUGCAGACACAGGCGACUCACAGAUCAAUGGUUCUACCCCAUCAGCACAAAAGGUGUAUGGAAGGGAUGGGCAACGUCUCAGAUUCACCACAAUGAAGUCUGUGGGCGCACAGGCUUCAGCGUUCUGCUUCUCGAGGGCUUAGGGGUUCAGACUACUAAGGAGGGAGGCAGGACAUAAGCAGGGAUGGUAUGUGCUGAAGGUGUAUAGAAUGGAUGGGCAACAUCUCAGAUUCACCGCAAUGAAGUCUGUGGGUGCAUAGGGUUCAGCGUUCUGAUUGUCAAGGGCUUAGGGGUUCAGACUACUAAACAAGGAGGCGGGAUAUAAGCAGGGAUGGUAUGUGCUGAUAUGUACAAUCGAAGUUGCGUCUGCCACAGUUUAGAAAGUGUGAGGGUUCUGCGCCGAAGCAAUCAUGUAUCAAGGGUUUAGGGUUUAGGGAUUAGAUCCCAAAGGGAGGAGGAUGAAUGGAGGAGAAUGAAUGUGGCCAGUGGAU